AUGCCAGUCGUUUCUCAUCGCGCGGGGCCCGAACUAUCACUUUCGCGUUGGCGGAAAGCUAUGCCUCCAAUCGUUCAGGGCCAAAUUUUUCCCACCUUGUUGGAUUUUAAGAAUGCACUCCGCGACUGGGCUAUCGAGCGCAAUUGGACUCCGCAUAUCCUCGACAGCGAUAGCCACCGAGUUCGCGCGGGAUGUCGCUCAAGCCCAGACUGCCCUUUCCGCGUACGAGCAAAUUACAGCAUGAAACGGGGAGAUGCCAAGGUUACUACAUGCGAUGAUAACCAUACCUGCGAGCCAUUCCGGGCAGAUGCUGAUCUCGGGAAACCGCAUCAAGAUAUUAAAAGGGCUGAGACUGGCAAGCUGAAGUUUUUGUUGGAGGCAGUACCAAAGCUCAUGCUCGUAACCUUGGACACCAACAUCCAGGAGAUCAUUGAUGCGGUAGCGCAGAAAUACGGACAAAAGAUACCACUUCGGCAGGCACAGAAAGUGAAGUCGGCUUUGACAGACAGAGUCAAAGGACCAUGUCGACAUUGUCACCAGCUUGGCCACACACGAAGACAUUGUCCCCAACUUCGAGAAUCCGCUCCUGGGCCAAUGUCUUUUACACAGAACUCGAUUGCUCACCAUAGCAAUGGCAACGAGGAUCAUGAUGAUGGAGCGUAUGCAGACGGAGGAUUGGAUUAUGACCCGGAUGAUGGAGGGCAUUCUGAUCUCAUGGACUAUGCGAACCAUGAUCCCUCGAACAACAACGCAUCGGGCUUCUCGCUUGGGCAUCCUCAGCAAUUGCCAAAUAACAUAUUCACCCCAAGCCGGCAGAACGGUCUUCCCAUAGAUCCCAUCCUUGCGAGCAGGAUCGAACGAUUGAACUCUGGGGAGGCACCAGUACCAGUACAACCGGCCGUUGCGCCUCAGCAGACACCGAAUCAACUUACCGCUACCCAAAAUUCACACACUACAAAGACUCCACAAGAGACCAGACUAGAGGCUGCUAAGCUGAUGCAGCAAGCAGCGAGACUCAUGCAAGAAGCUGCAAGGUUGAAUUCAGAGGCAGCUAGACUGACUGCAUCCGCUGCGGGUGAUUGA